GUGACUUCAGACUCGGUGACAACCCCACCAGCGCCAAUUGUCAAAUUGGGUGACUUGUGACUUGCAUGAUAUGUACUGUACAUGCCAUGUACCAGUCUUAAGCGCCCCCUCGGCUUCUUAUCUUCUUGUACAAACUCUUUUCCUCUUUAUUAAUCUUCUUUGUUUCUGGUCAAUUGACUCUCCUCAACUACUCCUAAUAUCGCCAAUUGAUUCCAUCAUGAAGAGCCUCAGCUUGGCCGCGAGGGCUGGUCCCCGAAUCUUAUCAUCUGCCGUUACACGGCCCACAUCACUCGGCGCUCUCAGACUCUCUCAACAAAGCAUACGAUGCGCUUCCGGGGGUUCUUCUGAUCUGAAGAAGACUCCUCUAUAUGACUUCCAUGUCGCCAAUGGAGGAAAGCUGGUGCCAUUUGCAGGCUACUCGCUCCCUGUUCAAUACUCAAACCUCUCACUUGCUCAGUCGCAUCACUUUACUCGUGAGCAUGCCUCACUUUUUGAUGUGAGCCACAUGGUGCAGCACAUCUUCAAGGGCAAGGAUGCAGCUGCUUUCUUGGAGAAACUCACUCCCUCGGACUGGACAAAUCAGGGCGUUAUGCAGAGCAAGUUGACAACGUUCUUGUGGCCUGGUACUGGAGGUAUCGUCGAUGAUUCGGUUGUCACCAGACUUGGCGAGGAUACCUACUACGUUGUCACCAACGGUGCCUGUCUUGACAAGGACACCAAGUAUCUUGAUGAGGAGCUUGGCAAGUUCGGCGGAGAUGUUCAGUGGUCACGUCUCGACAACUCCGGUCUCGUUGCCCUCCAGGGCCCUCAGAGUGCCGAGAUUCUCAGCGAGGUCCUCGCUAGCGAUGUUGAUCUCUCGAAGCUCUACUUUGGCAAUGCCGUGUGGGCUGAGCUGAAGCUCGCUGAUGGCAGCAAGACUCACCCUGUCCUCAUCAGCCGAGGUGGCUACACUGGAGAGGACGGCUUUGAGAUUUCGUUCAACGGAAAGGAAUAUCCUGCUUUUGAGACGACAACCCCUGCUAUCCAGGCCCUUCUUAGCAAGGCUGGUCCUGAGCGCCUUCAGCUCGCUGGUCUGGGUGCUCGUGACUCUCUCCGUCUCGAGGCUGGUAUGUGUCUGUACGGCCAUGAUCUCGAUGAUACCACAACACCCGUCGAGGCUGGUCUUAGCUGGAUCAUCCCCCCUGCCCGUCGCGAGGCUGGAGGCUUCCACGGUGCCGAAACCAUCAUCCCUCAACUGACACCCAAGAGCAAGGGCGGCUCAGGCGUCGCCCGCCGCCGUGUUGGCCUUUUCGUCGAUGGAGCUCCCGCUCGUGAGGGUGCCGAGAUUCACAAGGACGGUGAGAAGAUCGGUGUCAUCACAAGUGGUGUUCCCAGCCCUACACUUGGCAGGAACAUCGCCAUGGGCUACAUCAAGAGCGGCAACCAGAAGGCCGGCACCGAGGUGGACGUUGUGGUACGAGGAAAAGCACGUAAGGGCACAGUCACCAAGAUGCCUUUUAUCCAGACAAAGUACUGGAAGGGUACUGCGCCUGCUUAGAAAGUCUACGAUGGAAUUGAACAAUGUAUUAAGCGAGUCAAGUUAUUAAACGUGUGGUAUAUGGGGACAACUCAACAUGGGGGCAAACUUUGGAGUCUAUGAUUGUUAUGGCCACGACUAAGUUAGAGCCAACGGAAAAUAAAUGUUCUUGAAAUAUCA